AAAAAGGGAGUCUCAAAAAUGGCGCUAUAUUGACUGUGCAGUUGUGCAGUGUUAAGGAAAAGAAAGGAAUACAAAUGUUACAUGUAAGGAUAAAAAUAAGAUUAAUAAUAAAAGUAAUUAAAAAUAUUUUGUUAAUAGAAAAUAAAAAAAUAUAUUUUUUAGAAACACUAUUAAUUAUUGUUCACCUUCAAUGGAUGAAAUGUGUUUCUUACUAUUGUUAUGUUUGGCAUAAUCUAUGUUAUUAUUUUAGGGUUGUUAUUGUCGAGAUGACGGCAUCUUCAAUAUUUGUCAAGUUGAUUGAUAUCUUUGAACAACUAUUUUGGACUCCUUCUCCGGUCCUCCAUUUAACGAUGUUGGUUUUGCAUUUGGCGCUUGAAGUGAUUUGAAUUUUCCCUGCUCCCUUAAGUUGCGGGAUUUCUUGGCAAUGGAAUGUGUUUGUCCCGAGACCAGAAAGUAGAGCCCAUGACUUGGACGUUUUCAGAUGUCAGCACAGUGGGCUUCUCUCCGCACAGAGAUGCUGUCAAACGUUCCAUCUACCGCCAAGGUGCUCAUCGAAGGACAAGCGAUGACAAUGAUUCGAUGAUGAUACACAACGAUGGCUUCUCAAAAUACGAGGCGACAGUGCAACAGAGAGGCAGGAGGAGGCCUCCAGGCGAGAUGCUCCAUCUGCUCUCCGCCGUCAUUGUUUGGCUAGUAACCGGCACCACCAUCUCCAGCCUCAACAAAUGGAUUUUCGCCGUGUACAACUUCAGGUACCCUCUGCUGCUGUCGGCGCUGCACAUGCUGACGGCCAUAGUGGUGGACUACUGCUUGAUCAAGCUGCGGGUGAUCCGCCACAGAGGCGUGGAGGAGCAGGACCUGACCACCGGCGCCAAAUGUAAAGUCUUCCUGCUGAGCCUUACGUUUUGCGCCAGCAUCGCCUUUGGCAACAUGGGUCUGAACUAUGUCCAGCUGUCCUUUGCACAAAUGAUCUACACCACCACGCCGCUCUUUACCCUGGCCAUCUCCACGCUGAUUCUGGGCAAGCAGCAUCACAUCCUCAAAUACACAGCCAUGAUGCCCAUCUGCCUGGGAGCGUCCUUCAGUAUCAUGGGGGAGGUCCAGUACGACCAGACCGGAUGCUUGUUUGUCAUUGCAGCCACCAUGUUUAGGGGUGUCAAGUCCAUCCAACAGAGCAUUCUCCUCCAGGAGGAGAAGAUCAACUCUGUGUUCCUGCUCUACCUGAUGUCCAUCCCCAGCUUCUGCAUCCUGGCCGUGGCUGCCCUGGCUCUAGAGAACUGGGCCCUGCUGGAGUCACCGUUCCACUACGACCAGCGCCUGUGGCUCUUCAUCCUGCUCAGCUGCCUGGGCUCGGUGUUGUACAACCUGGCCAGCUGCUGCGUCAUUACGCUCACCUCGGCCGUCACCCUGCACAUCCUGGGAAACCUGAGCGUGGUGGGCAACCUGCUGCUGUCUCAGCUGCUGUUUGGCACCGAGUUGUCCGCCCUCAGCUGCGCAGGCGCCGUGCUCACGCUCUCCGGCAUGCUCAUCUAUCAGAACUCAGAGUUCAUCGUCAGCUACAUGGACACGCGUCGAGCCAAGAUGAAAGGCCCGCUAGAGUCUGACAAAACGGACACACCCGACAAGAUGUGUCUUCAGCGAAGAACAGACGAGGAACAGAAGGACAAGACAGACUGAACUCCAGGAAGUGGUAAUGAUAUUGGCAUUAAGUAGUCAAGGGCAGCUGACCUUAUACGGUGAUGUUGUGCCACAGUAGUCAUCCCCUCCUCACCGUGCCAGUUCUUCUAUCCCAUGGAGUCCAGAUGAAACAGUGGCCUUUAAAAAAAUUUAUAGAAUGAUGACUCCCUCCUCUCCUUUAUGACAUCAUAGAAGUGACAUGCAUGCAUGAGCAUACUUAAACUGGUUGAACACCUUGCAUUCACAUGUCACUUAAACUCCAAUGUGAAUCACACUCAUUUGCAGAGGACGUUGUGUUGUCAUUGUAGCUCUGAAAUGGUGUCAAAUUUGAAGUGGAAAAAAAACUGUUACAUGACUCCCUGGUUCAGUCUUAAUCAGGGAAUUAGGAUUUUGGCAGCUUUUUCUGUUAUAGUUUUUAUAAAACAAAACCCAGAUUGGAGGCUUUUUUCCAAAUGAGACAACCUGUUUGUCCCCCUCUUAAAGCACACAUGUAAUAAGACUAAAGAGCGCUCCAGCUCGAGACCUACAUUGGGAGUUACCAAUUCAGUGAAAGAGUCUCUAUAGAAUUCCUUCAAUUAUUUCUGUCACUCUAGCAUGCCUCCAUAAUUAGUGUUCCAUGUGGAGAGCUCUUGAAGGUGCCAUCUUGAAUCCUAACCAGUGUCGCUUAAUGUGGAAGAAAUUAUUAUUAUAAAUUUACGAGCACAUCUUUGAAACUGGACUUCUGCUGGACAAUUUUUACGUGUUAUUUAUACAUUGUAUGACAGAACAUUAUAUUGCCCUUCUUUUGAAUAUUUAAGCAAAAAAGUAUUUAUUUUUUAAAAAUUGCCAUAGCAAUCACUGGCUUUGUAUUGUUGUAUUGCACAAGCAUUACAGUACCAGUCAAAAGUUUGGACACACUCUCUCAUACAAUUGAAUGAGGAAGUGUAUACAAACCUUUGACUGGUACUGGUAAUGCACUAGUUUGUUGUAGUCAGGUGCAACAGGAGGAGGACGGGAGCUGCUAAUGCUUUCGGGAAUGCUGACACUGAAAGGUCCCGGAUGUUCGAAUGUGUAUAAUACGGUAUGCCAAAUGUUUGCUUGUGUUUUAACACUUUCGUUGCACUGUGAUGUCAAACUGGUUCCACACCAGUGAGACGGCAAAGCCAUCCAUUUUUAUGUUACAUUUUUGUGUUUACCUCAUUUUGAGCUGUGUAAUGUACCUACUACUAAUCCAUACAACACUGUCCUAAAAGUUUAAAUUCAUCCAUUUCCCAGUCCAUUUCAAUAAAAGCAUGGCUGGAUUUUGAA